AUGAGGCAGCUGGCAGAUCGAGAUGCAGCAGAGGGCCAGAAGGCCAGCGCCACUUCUGCAGAGGAAGCCGAGGAUUCGGUGAAGGCAGAAGAGGAGGAGCCCGUCGAAGAAGGCCGUCCAGCAGUCGAUGCAUCGGAUCUACUCGAGAAGGUUCACGAUCUCCAGGAGCUGGCAGACCGCGUUGCUGCUCAAAGCCAGAAGGUGGCCGACGCCAAAACUGCAGAUGAAGCAAAAGAGUUCCUGGAGGAUGCAAAGGCUGAGGCGCAAGCCGUGGAGAAGUCGGCACACUCGACGGCCGAGCAUAUGGAAACCAUCACGGACAGAUUGGCAGCAGAGGACCAGCAGGAGAACUCCGAGAUGGCUGUGACAAAAAUGCCCUGGAAUGCUAUCUGGCCCUGUGCUACCAUGGUGCUGCUGAUCUACAUAUACUUUGCUAUGGGCAUCCUCACACCUCACUCUAUGGGCUACGAGCCGCUCGAGCCCGACCGCAGGGAUCCGGCCCUGGUCUUGGCAGCAGUGCUCUACUGGGUGGCGAUGCCCGUCGCUCUGGUCAGCUUGGGCUUCGGAGCCACCUGCGAGGAGGGAGCGCCUAACUUGGCUUACAUCACCUACGGAGUCUUCUUUGCUGUACAUUUCGUCUGCAUCUUCCGGGCCAUGCGAGGGUCUUUAAGCGAGAAACUCCACAAAAGCACUCGAAAGCUCGUUUUCAUGCUCGUCCUUGCAGCGCUGGAGCACUUCGACAUGGCCUCGGAUGCGCUCUUCACCGGUACAUCCGCUGCCUGCAGUGCGGAAAUCACGGGCCUCUGGCUGCAAUCCUGGCCUGAUGUCCCCGGCGGAGGGCUCAUGGUUCCGAUGCUCUCUAAGCUGGGCUUCUCCGGCGUGGCACUGACGCUGUUCAUUACCAAUGCCUACCUACCUCAACUGCUGUCGGUUCUCUCUUUCUUCGCUCCCUUUGUGGCGCUGGUCUUCCUGCUCCUGGUAAUGCUUUGGGCAGCCUUCGGCUGGCUCGUCGGCUUGGCGGCCAUGCUUUCGGUCUACGGUUUCGUGAUCUGCAGCCGCAUAGGGAGGGGACAGAUGGACGUAUUCCACGAGGCGGUCGACUCUGAGGACCUUCGCCUUGCCUUCUAUGUCGGUGCCGAGGUCGGUGAACUCCGACAAGGCGGAGAUUUCGGCGCUCAGGGAAGAGUCGUACUCAUCGUCGGCACGAGGCUCGUGCUGGAGAACUUGCUGCAGCUGUGGCUGCAAAGCUCCUACUUGUCACUCUCCUUCGAUAGAAUGGACGAUUACGCUCGCUGGCAAGCGAUGGCCUCCAUUGUCGUGGGACUCCUUGUCGCAGGUGGCAAGGGGUUUCAGAUCGCAGCAGUCUUCGUGCUAAAAUUGGCAACGGGGACUGGCAGGGCUGUCCGAGAAUGUGACAUCUUCACGAUAAUAUUCGGUGCCGUCGGGGUCUUCAUGAUGCUGGGCGGGUUCGGAGGUCUCGCAUGGGUUUUGACGAAGGUGAUCUUCAUCUUCCGGUGCGACUCGCAUGUUUGGAACCUCUCCACCGGCUGCGUGAGCCCGGGGACCUAA